AAAGAAAGAAUUUUGACUUCUCAUCUGUAAAUAAUAAAGUUUUCAAAUUACCAUAAAGCAACAAGGCGUAUUAAAAGCGUACACGUUUUCUAUAAAAAAUUUCAAUCAUCUCACAAACACGUUUUUUUUUCUCGUGGAUUCAGACGAUUUGUGAAGUACUCCGGAUGCGAGGAGAACCACAACCAUUCACAGAUUUGGAGGGAGCUGCUACUUUAUCGAAAGACAUGACAGCAACAGACUGCUCGGAUGAAACUGAGCCUUUGAAUGGUGCGAAAAAGAGGGAUAGCAAUGAACAAGAUUUGUCUCUUGCCAGAAGGAUAGCAGUUAUUGCAGUUGUGGCUAUUUUGGCUGCGUUUGAGGGCGUCUGCAUGUCACUCCCCGGCCCCUUCUUUCCCCCAGAGGCCAAAAAACACGGUUUGACCCAGUCUCAAAUCGGAAUCGUAGCCGGAUCACUGGACGUAUCUUGUCUCUUCUUCUCAUUCCUGGUCGGAAGUUUAACUACUCCUACAAACACCAAAUUCGUCUCAAUAUCUGGAACUCUGCUUUGUUCCGCUACCAUCUCCACUUUUGGACUCCUCAAUUUCGUUUCUGGACCUGGAGUUUAUUUCACACUUUGCAUCUUCGCCAGAGCUCUUAACGGUUUUGGUGUUGCAAUGACGUAUGCUAUGUUCAUACCCAUAUCUUUGAGGUGCUUUCCGGAACUAGCUGGUCUAAUCCAGGGCAUAAUUCAGACUUGUUUUUGUACCGGAAUGUUUUCGGGACCCAUAAUCGGGAGCGCACUCGUGCCUUUCGGCGGGUAUAGUGCGCCAUUUUUAGUUGCAGGUGGAUUAGAGGCUCUCUUCUCGUGCAUAGCUAUACUCAUUUUCCCACCUGCAGCUAAAAGCUACAGCCCAACGAAUCAUCCCAACGAAUCUGAACAUUAUCUGAAGUUUUUUGUCACCUUUUCAACUAUGAGUGUUGUGAUACCCUCGUUGGUCGUGUUUCUUAUGUCUGGUUUCCGAGAUGCCGCGUAUUCUCUUCAUUUCCACGAGGCCAUCGGAAUCGACUUGGGAAGCAUGGGAUACGUAUUCGCGUCUAAUGCACUUGCGGCUACAAUCACAGGUGCAACAGUUGGUGUAUUAGUGAACCAGGGCUACGGAGUUUUUGUCCUGAUUUGUUCCCAAAUACUGACACCAGUCACAGCAUUCGUAAUGUUCUUACCAUACUUAGUGCCUCAAUUGGAAACAAAAGCUUGGGCGGUGAUUCUGCUAGUAGUGAACGGAAUCUCCAUCGAUGGUGUCAUUAACCCUUUUUACCUCAUCAUGCAAAAUGAAGCUGUAAGGCGGGGGUCUGGAAGUUUGGAACAAGUGCGAACAUUUGCAUCGAGUAGUUUUAGUGUGGUCAUGUCUUCUGGGAGGAUACUGGGCUCUGUUAUCUUCGGCGGAUUCUUUAACGAGCAUUUGGGAUACUAUUUCACCUGUCUAAUUUACGCUGUUAUUGCGUUACUCACAUUAGCAUGGCAUGUGAUAUUCUUAGCAAGAGUUGGUUUAUUGCGCCGAGCUUAUUACCCAACAAGCCUAGAGAUCACAAAAUAAAAGUAUGAAAA